AUGGGAACGAAGUUCGAAAGCACAAAUGUCGUCACUGGAUUGCAGGGAAAUGUUGGCCUCCAACUCCUGAAUGCACCUCGAAGGAAAUUCUCAAGACAGUAUGGAACGCACAAGGGCUCCCGUGGGGUCGCAGUGAGGCAUGUGAGGAUUCCUAGCAUAGGAGUGCACAGGACCAUGAUCUUGACCCUUCAAAUAAAAUACUUAGUACGAAAGCAGACUCGUAUCAAAAAGGCCAUAGAACCCAAGCGACGCAGCCCGGAUUUCCCUGGAGGCUUGACAACCGUGUGUAGUGGACCCAUGAUUCGCGGUGAUGGCGUCCGCCUCUGUUAG